CACUUUCUCUCUCUAGACAUAGACAUAGAUACGCAUACGUGUGUAUCUAUAGUUUCUCUACGUGUCUAUAGAGAAACACACUUCUCUCCUUCUUCCCAAACAAACUCUUUCUAAAACUCUCAUUUGAUCAUCACUUGAAUCUUCUGGGUUUUUCAUCAUUUUGGUCGUUCGUAAUGAAGUCAAUGAAUUUCUCAAAGGCGGUGAGAAGUGGGAUGCUAUCCGGAUCCGAUGAUGUCACUCUUUUCUCAAGCUCGUUACCGGUUUUACCUCAUGAAAAGUUGAUUUUAAACAAUACCGAAAACGGCUAUCAACAAUCCGUAGAAACCAAUGAUUUGCUUGAAGAUCAUGCAAUUGGAAGCUUGUUACCAAAUGAAGAUGAUCUUUUGGCUGGCGUUUUGAACGGUUUUGACUAUAAUUUGACUAAUAACCUUGUUGAUGAGUCGGAAGAUUUUGAUCUUUUUGGAAGUGGUGGAGGUAUGGAAAUGGAAUAUGAUAUGAUCGAUAACUUGAAUUUUGGCAUGUCAAAAGUAAGUUUGGGUGAUGGGGUUAUCGUUAACGGUGGAGCCCAAUACAACAUAUCGAAUGGUGUGGGGCCCGUCACAGUUGAACAUCCAUACGGCGAGCAUCCUUCUAGAACGUUAUUUGUGCGUAACAUUAACAGUAACGUUGAGGAUUUAGAACUACGAGCUUUGUUUGAGCAAUAUGGUGAUAUUAGAACACUGUACACUGCAUGUAAACACAGGGGCUUUGUGAUGAUAUCUUAUUAUGACAUCCGUGAUGCUCGAACCGCCAUGCGUGCAUUACAAAAUAAGCCUUUAAGAAGGAGGAAGCUCGACAUUCAUUACUCGAUUCCAAAGGAAAAUCCAUCGGACAAAGAUAUAAAUCAAGGAACAUUGGUUGUUUUUAAUUUAGACCCCUCGGUUUCGUGUGACGAUCUCCUUCAAAUCUUUGGUGCGUACGGUGAGGUUAGAGAGAUACGGGAGACACCAUACAAAAGGCACCAUAAGUUUAUCGAAUAUUAUGAUGUUAGAGAUGCAGAAGCAGCAUUGCGGUCUCUCAACAGGUGUGAUAUAGCUGGGAAACGAAUAAAGCUUGAACCUAGUCGUCCCGGUGGCUACCGCCGAAACCAAAUGUUGCAACUAAGCCACGAGUUUGACCAAGAUGACACUCGAAGUUUUAGACUCCAAGCGGAUCCCUUGAUUGCCAACUCACCUGUUUUCGCUUCAUUGAGUCCGAACGGUUUACCGGGAUUGGUUUCUAUUUUGCAUACACAACCAGCAAGAAUAUCACCAAUUGGCAAAGAUCAUAUAAGAACCAGCUAUGUUGACCAAACUUUCUCAAACGGAUAUUCAAUGCAAGAUCACAAUUUGAGUUACUUAAGCGGGUCAAUGCCCGCUUAUGGUGCAUCGGGAUCAACCACUUCAGGAAUCGAAACGCUAUCCGGCCCAGAAUUUCUUUGGGGAAGUCCCAAUAAACCUAGCCAUGGGUUCCCGACCACCGCUCAAUCGCCAACAACGGUUCACCCAUUCACAGGCCAACUGGGCCCGGGCCCAUUUCUUAGUUCGUCUCAACUACACCAUCAUGUCGGGUCGGCUCCGUCUGGGUUGGCGUUUGACCGACAUUUCAGUCAGAACCAUGAGCCUCCUGAAACAUUAUUCAUGAGUCCUCCAACUUUUGUAGGCAUAGGUUUAGUUCCAUGUGGGUCUGUGAACGUUAUGGAAAACGGGUCCCCCGGUUUCAGCAACAUGUCUCCUAAAUUGAUGGGUCAUAUGUUCCUAGGUAGCGAACACUACGUGGGACCAGGGUCUAUAGAUUUAGACAGCAUGAGUGAAGACGUACAUGCCCGAAACUGUUGGGUCGAUCACAAUGCAAACCAGAUGGAUAUCAAGAAACAAUUUCAGCUCGAUCUUGAUAAAAUUAGCAACGGGGAAGAUAACCGAACAACUUUAAUGAUAAAAAACAUCCCUAAUAAGUAUACUUCAAAGAUGUUGCUAGCUGCCAUUAAUGAAAAUCAUAGCGGUAGUUAUGAUUUUCUCUACCUACCGAUCGAUUUCAAGAACAAAUGCAAUGUCGGGUAUGCGUUUAUCAACAUGCUUUCACCAAUGCAUAUAAUCCCAUUUUACCAGGUUUUCAAUGGGAAAAAGUGGGACAAAUUCAACAGUGGGAAAGUAGCUUCGUUAGCGUAUGCUAGAAUCCAAGGAAAGGCGGCACUCGUAACCCAUUUUCAGAAUUCCAGCUUGAUAUACGAAGAUAAACGAUGCUGGCCUAUUAUUUUUCAAUCUGAGGGCUCUGAUGCUGUUGAUCAGGAAUAUCUGCCAUCUAGUAGCUUGAACACACAAGACCAUCCAUACUCAGGGGACCCGUUGGCUAGCCCUAGUCCACCGGAUGAUUGGUAAUUGCUAACUGUUAGUGCACAUGUGCAACGGGCCGUCUUUUGUGGAGCCCGAAAGUGGCUGACUUUUGACCGUACAUAAGUUACGUAUAUAACUAGAAAACCCGCAUUAAGUGAAACCGGGGGCGGGUUGGUUUUGGGAAGAAAAGAAGGGGUUUAAGGUGUUUUGGUAGGUUGAAAGAGGUGAAUGAUCUUGAAAGUGUACAGGUGGAGAUUGCUGCAGAUAUAAGAAUAGGGUGUAAUCUCCUGUUUUUCACUUCUUUGUUUUGGGGGUUGUAUGUUGGUUAGUUAGAAGUGAUAUGGUGGUUUUUUGUGACAGUUUAACUGUUUGAUGUUAAUAUGACAGAUAACUAAUGUGGUCUACUGGUUUCACUAAUCUAUCUUAUUUGGCUGUUUUGUUGUUACUAGAA